AUGGCAAAAUCUAAGUUACCUUCGCUCCACGGAGCGUCCACUAUGCCGAAACUCGAGAUGAACGCUAUUACACCGGCUGCUCGCCUAGCGAAUGCAAUUGCAACCCAGCUGAAGACGACUCCUAAUAUUGAAGAGAUUUACAUCUUCUCGAAUUCCGAAAUUGCACUAUGGUGGGUCAGAAGCCCCACGAAUCGAGAAAAGUUUGUCCAAUUCGGACACAUGCCAUCCGAACAAAAUCCAACGGAUUGUGGGACACGGGGACUGACGAGCACCGCAUUUAGCCAACAUUACUGGUGGAAAGGGCCAAUUCGGCUCCAAGAAAGACGACCUCUUGGCCUACACGACAAACAAUCUUCGAAUGCGACACCUACGACGAAGGAGAAGACCCAGGGGAUACCACCAGUUGGUGGCUACAUCAGGUAA